CCUGCUUCUUCACAACCUCGGAAGACUUAGUAACUAUCAGUAACCAUCAGUAAGUCGGUCUUUCGGUGGCGAGAGUUUUCGUUCAUCCGGAACCGAUACGGCUUUCCAUCCUGUAAAGGCACACUGGUUGACGCAUACUCAGACCAAGAAACAUGGACCCAUCUCAGGGAACCCAACAGCUGCCCCCGGAAGCUAUCGCUCUGGCAGGGCGCAUGUAUGAUGGCGCGCGGAAGGGUGACAUCGCGCUCUUCCAGCAGGCCCUGCCGGCAGGUCUGCCCGCCAACAUGACCAACGAAAAAGGCGACACAUUGCUCAUGCUUGCCGCUUACCACGGGCACGCGGAACUGGUGAAGCUGCUCAUCCAGCAUGGAGCGGACCCGAACCGGUUGAACGACAGGGGGCAGAGUCCCUUGGCGGGAGCGGUCUUCAAAAAGGAAGACGCAGUCAUCGAGGUUCUUCUCGAGGGUGGCGCGGACCCAGACUACGGUAACCCCAGCGCACUGCAAUGCGUCGUCAUGUUCAAGCAAGAGACCGAGUGGCAAGCCAAGUUUGAGUCUGCUCCUGGACGGGGUAAAGCGACUGCAUGAAGAGAGUGGUCUUUUUCGAGACAGCUUUGGGACGCCGAGGUCACGCAUUAACCCAUCAAAUGUCGCUCAGUCGGCUCUCGUCUGGAUAUUUUCAACGAAACUUUUGUUUGCUUUUCAAUCCGCUGUUGAGCGGCAAACCCCCCGACAACCAGGAGACUUAUACAACCGAGCUAUCAAGUACUACUUGGGGGGGGGGGGG